ACAUUUCAUUGUUGCGCGCUGUGGUGUGUUGACAAUGACCACUGAUCACCAAAUUCUAAAAAAAAAAAAAAUUCUAAAUGCAUUGUUGGCACGAAAGGUGUCUAAAACCAAGUUGAACAGGUGGUUAUGCAUGCAAAAACGUUACAGAUGUCCAUAUUAUUUACCUACUACUUGCUAAUUAAUUUACGAAUCCGGUAGAUAGGUUUGCACAACGUAUUACUUCUUUAAAACGAUAAAAAGUGCAGUUUUGACAAUUUCACGAGCCCUACCCUAAGCGCACGCGUAUUAAACAUUAUAGGAAAUGGAUUUCAAUGUAGGAAACGGCACUUUAUUAUGAGGACACAUACUAAUCGGUGGUCGCCUGAAAAAAACAGGCGCCGCGGAUGGUAAAUCUCCGGCAUGUACGGCCAGCGGGUUGUGAUAGUCAUGCUGAAAAUAACGAAAUAGCUUUUGCAUUUCUGCGCCCGUACGCGUCCCCGCACAGCCACAUGCCCCGCCGCGGCUGGCUCACGGCUCGCUGACUGCGCUCGCUGUGGAUUGUGGGAGCCGGAGACGCUGCCCAGGCUCGCUAUAUUGGAGCUGACAGAAGACAGUAGACAUAUUGCCGUGCUCUGUCCUCGUCACCAUGUCCAGCAGAGGAGGGAAGAAGAAGACCACAAAGACGUCGCGGUCCACCAAGGCCGGCGUCAUCUUUCCCGUGGGCCGCAUGUUGCGCUACAUCCGGAAAGGCCUCCCCAAGUACCGCAUCGGUGUGGGGGCCCCCGUCUACAUGGCAGCUGUGCUGGAGUACCUCACAGCCGAAAUCCUAGAGCUGGCAGGCAAUGCGGCGCGGGACAAUAAGAAGGGCCGUGUCACACCAAGACACAUCCUGUUGGCCAUCGCCAACGAUGAGGAACUCAACCAGCUGCUGAAGGGCGUGACCAUCGCGGCAGGGGGUGUGCUGCCCAACAUCCACCCAGAGCUGCUGGCCAAGAAGAGGGGCUCUAAAGGGAAGCUGGAGGCCAUCAUCACCCCCCCACCCGCCAAAAAGUCCAAGGCGUCGCCCGCAAAGAAAUCAGCCGCCAAGAAAGCUGGCGGCCGAAAGGCCGCCGGCAAGUCAAAGAAGAAGCAGGGAGAGAUGAGCAAAGCGGCCAGCGCGGACAGCACCACGGAGGGAACACCGGCCAACGGCUUCACCAUCCUGUCCACCAAGAGCCUCUUCCUGGGGCAGAAGCUGAACCUCAUUCACAGUGAGAUCAGUAACUUGGCUGGCUUUGACGUGGAGGGUGUAAUCAAUCCCACCAAUGCUGACAUUGACCUUAAAGAUGAUCUAGGGAGCGCCCUGGAGAAGAAGGGCGGCAAGGAGUUUGGGGAGGCGGUGGUGGAGUUGCGCAAGAAGAAUGGCCCCCUGGAGGUGGCAGGAGCGGCGCUUACCUCUGGCUGCGCCCUUCCGGCCAAGUUCGUCAUCCACUGUAACAGUCCAGGCUGGGGCUCCGACAAAUGCGAGGAGCUGCUAGAUAAAACGGUGAAGAACUGCCUGGCACUGGCGGACGAGAAGAAGCUAAAGUCUGUGGCGUUCCCCUCUAUUGGCAGCGGCAGAAACGGCUUCCCAAAGCAGACUGCCGCCCAGGUCAUCCUGAAAGCCAUCUCCAGCUACUUCAUGGGAACGAUGUCCUCCUCCAUCAAGACGGUCUACUUCGUUCUUUUCGACAGCGAAAGCAUAGGCAUCUAUGUGCAGGAAAUGGCAAAACUUGACGCCAACUGAAUCCCUCACGCCCCCGAAAACCUUGAUUUGUAAGCUCUACUUUUUUUUUUUUUCUUUGAUUCACAUUACUGUCAUGAUCUUUGAGAUCAUUGGGAUUUUUUUUUUCAACAUUUCCUGUCAAUUUUGACACUGACUUCUGUUUUUACUUGCACUGUUUCGCAGGUGGUCCAUGAAUGGUUGUUCAUGUAGACGGUAUUUCUUAAAAAAAAAAAAAAUAUUUUUUACUGAAGGAGCUUUUGCACUACAGCGUGUUUGGUGUGCAAGAGCCGUGCAAGAGGCAUUUUUGUAUCUGUGCUGUGCUAUUAUGUGUUACCCCUGUAGAUUUUUUUUCCUUUGUUUUUUUUUGUUUUAUAAAUAGCUACCACAGCUUUUUGUGUAUUAAAAAUGUUGGAAGUUAAGUGUAUUAAAUGUUUCAGUAAAUAUUUCAAUGUGAAAA